AUGCAGAUGUUCGCCUUCCUUCGUCAAACUGAGCCCGAGACCCAGGAGAUAUCAAGAGCUGCAGAAGCCCAGGAAAUAGCAAUACGUGCUUUAAAGGACAAAGCAGUUGAGAGACAUAAGAGGGAUGCAACAUCGACAGAUGCUGCAUCUCGACAAGAGCUGGAGCUCAUUGCCAAUCUCUCUGGCUGUCCUAAGCCCUUGAAGCCAAACUCCUGUCCCAAAAAUUGUUUGUCUACAAAGUACCGGACCAUCUCUGGAAUCUGCAAUAAUAGAUACAACCCGCUUUGGGGAGCGGCCAACGCCGCUUUGGCAAGAUGGCUACCGGCAGAGUAUGAAGAUGAAGAGAGCCAACCCAAGGGUUGGAACCCUGGGCAUUUAUAUAACGGCUUCACACUGCCUCUGGUGCGAGAAGUCAGCAACAAAAUUAUGCAGAGAUCAAGCGAGCAUGUCUUGGAGGAUGAUGCAUAUUCCCAGAUGCUUGUGGACUGGGGCCAGUAUAUCGACCAUGAUAUUUCCUUCACUCCUCAGUGUACAACAAAAAGUGCUUUUCCUGGAGGACUGGACUGUCUGACAACUUGUGAAAACAGAAAUCCCUGUUUUCCUAUGAAGAUUCCCCCAAAGGACAGACUGUUUGGGACAAGACGCUGUCUUCCCUUCUUCCGCUCGUCUCCAGCCUGCCUUCCUCUCGACCUGGAGAUGUUACACACGAAGUCCCAGAGGCAGCAGAUGAAUGCCAUCACAUCCUUCCUGGAUGCCUCCGUGGUGUACGGACACACCGAGGCCCUAGAGCACCAGCUCCGUAACCUCUCCAGCCCAGAGGGCCACCUGGCCGUCAACGGCGACUUCUCGGACAGGGGCCUCCCCUUCCUGCCUUUCGUUCCCCGCAGGCCCUCGCGGUGCUUCCAGGACGCGGUAGAUCCACAUGGCGGCAGGGUGGAGUGUUUCCUGGCAGGAGACAGCCGUGCCAGUGAGAUCCUGACCCUGUCCACCCUGCACACGCUGUGGGUAAGAGAGCACAACCGGCUGGCGUCCGCUCUGAAAGCACUCAACUCGCACUGGAGCGCUGAGCAAACGUACCAGGAGGCCCGGAAAAUUGUAGGAGCUCUUCAUCAGGUCAUCACCAUGAAGGAUUACGUUCCAAAGAUUCUUGGAUUGGAGGCUUUUGAUAAAUACAUUGGUGUCUACAGAGGAUACAAUCACUCCAUAAACCCAACAGUCUCAAAUGUAUUUGCAACGGCAGCUUUCCGAUUUGGCCACGCCACCAUUCCAGCGAUGCUCAGGAGACUCAAUGAGACCUUUCAGGAGCACAAGAGCUACCCUUCCCUGAGUCUCCACCAGACCUUUUUUAGUCCGUGGAGGCUUGUUAAAGAAGGGGGGCUGGAUCCAGUGCUCAGGGGGCUUCUGGGAAGACCAGCAGUGGCGUUGACAACAGACCACCUAAUGACCGAAGAACUGACAGAGAGGCUCGUGGUCUUGUCUAGCCCAGGGGACCUGGACUUGACCGCCUUGAACCUUCAGCGAGGACGAGAUCAUGGACUUCCAGGGUAUAACGAGUGGAGGGAAUUCUGUGGAUAUGAAAGGGUUGAGACAGCAGGCCAGCUGAGGAGAGUUGUAAGCAAUGCACGCUUGGUGGAGACGCUGAUAGAGGUGUAUGGACACCCUAGCAACAUGGACGUUUGGCUUGGUGGGCUGGUCGAGGACCUCUUACCUGGAGCCAGGACCGGCCCCCUCUUUGCAUGUUUAAUUGGAAAGCAGAUGAAGGCUCUUCGAGAUGGUGACAGGUUCUGGUGGGAGAACGAGGGUGUCUUUACACCCAGCCAGAGACAGGAAAUCCAGCGGCACUCUCUGUCCCGGGUUAUCUGUGACAACAGUGGCAUUAAACAGGUGCCCCCAGAUGCCUUCAGAAUGGGACAAUACCCCUGGGAUUUUCUGUCUUGUGACAACAUACCCGCAAUAAACCUGCAGGCAUGGCAAGAGGAUAUCAGCAAAGCAUCGCCAUCCUGCGGCCCUCCCAUCGCUGUGAAAAAUGGCGAUUUUGUGCUUUGUUCCACACCGGACAAACGUGUGGCCGUCUAUUCCUGCCACUACGGCUAUCGCAUGGAAGGCAGCGAGGAAGUUGUCUGCACGGAGAGCGGCUGGAGCAGUGGACCACCUAUCUGUAAGGAAAGAGGAAGGGUAAGAAUACAAUAUUUGACAGAAUCUCUGAGAGGGCACAUUGCAGGGAUCGAGAGAAAGUCCUUCACCUCUUUUUGCUGA